CAUUCAACGAGCAGUAGACAUCACACACAACAUGCAACUUGGUCUUUGGUUUGGGCUCUUUGCCGUCGCCGCCGCACCGCUGGUGAGCGCUAAUUACGGUUCCCGUGGCAGUGGUGCCGGCGGUCAGAUUCAAUAUCUGCCCGGAGGUCCAUCGGCGGGUUUGGAGGAGUAUGUCAAUGUUGCGACCGGCGGUAAUCAGCCAUCGGCCAACCAGCUGACGGCUCAGGCCGAGAUUCAGCCAUCGCCGCAGGAGGCUCGUCGUUUGGGUCGCGUGCAGGCUCAGCUGCAUGCCCUGAACAACAGCCCCACCUACCAGAAGCUGAAGAACUCCGAGGAUAUUGCCGAGUCGCUGGCCGAGACGAAUCUGGCUAGCAACAUUCGUCAGGGCAAGAUCAAUGUGGUCUCACCCCAGUUUGUCGAUCAGCAUCUGUUCCGUUCACUGUUGGUGCCCUCGGGUCACAACAAUCAUCAGGUGAUUGCCACACAGCCCCUGCCACCAAUCAUUGUACACCAGCCCGGUGCACCACCCGCACAUGUGAACAGCGGCCCACCGACUGUGGUGCGCGGCAAUCCCGUCAUCUACAAGAUCAAGCCAUCAGUCAUCUACCAGCAGGAGGUCAUCAACAAGGUGCCCACACCACUGAGCCUUAAUCCCGUCUACGUCAAGGUCUACAAGCCGGGCAAGAAGAUCGAGGCCCCAAUGGCCCCAGUCGUUGCUCCCGUUUACCAGCAGCCUCAGCACUACAGCCAGCCCCAGGCUUACGGCAGCUCUGCUGCCUCAUCAUCGGUCGUGUCCGGCCACAGUUCCGAUAGCUAUGGCUCCGGAGCUGAUUCUUCUCUCUACGCCAGCCCAGCCCCAUAUGGCUCCCCCAACUACUAAGUCCGAAUCAGAUUCAAUUCAGGUUCAGGCAUAGCAGUUGAGCAAUCCCGAGCCCAGCUGGAGGAUGUUUAAUUAAACAAAUUUGUUUUUUUUUUCUUAAUGCAAAUAAAAAAAGCCUAAAAUACAUACAAAAA